CCCGUGCUUUCUGGACGGCUACUGAAGCUUGCGAGGGGGAUUUGCUCCCGGACCCGCCGGGGUGACACGGAGUCUGGGCGGCCCCAGUGUGGCCGCCGGGGACGGGGGAGAAGAUGCGGAAGAGCGAAGUAACGAAAGUGACUCGCGUUAGUUUCGAUUUCUGUUGCUGUUCUAGGAAAACUGGCACUGCGAGUUCCGCCGCUGUGUGGCAAAGUCGUCUUGGGGCUGAGUUGGACUUUAGGAGCAAGAACAACGGUCCCAUUUGUUUAGGAAUUGGGUUGCUCCUGGACAACUCGGUCUAAUUGUUUGCACAGGAUGUAAUGUUAUCCAACUGGGAUUCGGAUCGGGUAUACCAGAUAGAAUCAGUCCACAGUGUGCCUGAUCGAAGUUCCAGAAUAACUCAAGAUGAUCCACAAACAGUCAUUAGCAGAUUCCUCUGCAGCCGCCUUCAUCCAGAGAGUUAUGAGGCCAUCUUGAGGGCCCACGUUCACCCAGCUCAGCCUCUUGAAGCCUAAGGUUUUUCUCCCAAACCAGGGAUGCAGAGCACUUCUAAUUACCUCUGGUUACUCAGUGAUAUCCUCGGACAAGGAGCAACGGCAAGUGUAUAUAAAGCACGUCGAAAGCAAACUGGAGAUCACUAUGCCGUCAAAGUGUUUAAUCAUGUCAGUUACCUGCGUCCUUACGAAGUGCAGAUGAGAGAGUUUGAAAUGUUGCGUAAAUUAAACCACAAGAAUAUUGUCAAGCUGUUGGCCGUGGAGGAAGUGGGAAGCACCAAGCAGAAGGUCCUUGUGAUGGAAUACUGUGCCGGUGGAAGUUUGCUCAAUGUUUUGGAAGAAUCGGAAAAUGCGUUUGGUCUGUCGGAAUCUGAGUUCCUGAUUGUGCUGCAGAGUGUUGUUGCAGGCAUGAACCAGCUGAGAGAGAAUGGAGUUGUGCAUCGGGACAUAAAGCCAGGGAAUAUCAUGCGAGUGGUCGGAGAAGACGGUCAAUCAGUCUAUAAACUGACUGACUUUGGAGCAGCUCGAGAGCUAGAAGAUGGUGAACAGUUCAUGUCGCUGUAUGGGACUGAAGAAUAUUUGCACCCAGAUAUGUAUGAGCGUGCUGUGCUCCGUAAACCACAGAACAAGAAGUAUGGGGUUACAGUGGACCUGUGGAGCAUUGGUGUGACGUUUUACCAAGCAGCUACUGGCAGUCUACCUUUCAUUCCAUUUGGAGGGCCCCGCAAGAAUAAGGAGAUGAUGUAUAAAAUCACAACAGAAAAGCCAGAGGGAACGAUCGCAGGAGUGCAGCACAGAGAAUGUGGCCCAGUGGAGUGGAGCAAGGAGCUGCCAAUCACCUGCAGGCUCUCGGAAGGCUUGAAGGUCCUAUUGGUUCCCAUCCUUGCCAAUAUCCUCGAGGCUGAUCAAGCCAAAUGCUGGGGAUUUGACCAGUUCUUUGCAGAAACCAAUGACAUCCUUCACAGAAUUGUGAUCCACGUCUUCUCACUGCAGCAAGCUACGAUACAUAAAAUCUAUGCCCAUUCCUACAACACAGUCAAUGUCUUGAUGGAUGCUAUUUUCAGACAGACUGACAUACCAGCUCCAGAUCAGGAGCUCAUUUAUGAAGGGUAUUUCUUGGAACUGGAAUUGGUCCAACAGGUACAUAUGGUACCAAAAACAACAGAGGAGAGACCAAUCAUUCUGGUGAGCAAAGAGCAGAAGGCACCCAUUGGAAUCAUAUACAAAGAGCCUGAGGUGCCAAUCUUUCCACCAAAGUUUGACUUAAUCAGUGAUGCAAAUCUUGCAAAGACUGUGACGAGUGCUGUUCAUCAGCUGCUGAGGAUCACAAAAUCCCUGAUGAAAUGCCAGGACUUCAUCCUGCGGGGGAUAUAUUGGAUGAUUGCGACUUUGAAAGAGGAAUGCAGAAAAACUCUUCAGCAAGUUACAGUUUUGAAUCUGAAGUUGGAUUUCUGCAAGAGCACCUUGAUGAGAAUUCAAUCUGGCCUACAGCAUCGAAUGAAUCCAACUGAAGUAGGUGAUGUCCAGAUUAAGCUGCAGUCGACAGUGGACUUCCUGGCAAGCAUCUCCCAGAAUGUUCAAAACAGUCAAAAGCAACUGGAUCUGACGGCAGCUGAAUGGUCCAAUAGCAAUGACGUCCAUCAUAAAGACAACAUAAUCAGUAAAGUGGAAGUCUUACUCGAGAAAGUGUCUGCUAUUCACCACCAGCUGAAAAAAGAUCGAAUGAAAAUGAAGCUUCAGUAUAAUGACGAGCAGAUCCAUAAAUUUGAGAAAAUCAAAAUGGGAAUUCAUGCCAAGAAAGUGCUGGCACUUGUUAGAGAGGAUUGUGUACAGAAAUAUCAAAAGCUGCUGACCUGUGUAAAAGACUGGAUGAGGACUGCCUGUGACAUCAGGAAGCAACUGAGACCCUUUGGUGAACAAUGUGAGAACCUCAGUCACGAUCUGGAGAACUGCGAAGCUUAUUUGAACAAGAUAUUGGACCAGAUUCCUUUGAGGCUCCAAGGAGAACAACAAACAAUGACCACGUCAACAGCCUCGACUGUCUACCCAGACCAGAAAUGCAUGGAAAUGGCCAUCAGGAUGAAGCAGCUGAAGAAGGAGAUGGAAGACAUCACUCAGGAACUCCAGCACAACAACAUGAUCAUCCAAAGACUUAGUGAAGUUCAGAAGCCUCAGGAUGUCUGAGGUUUUGGUGCUGAAGAUGAGACACUGGAGUCAUGCUCUGACUUUAUAAGACAUCACCAUGACAUUGGAGGGACCAGAAUCCCAUUAAAAACUGGACAUACAUUACUGAAGAACAGAGAGACGAGAAGUCCAGACUUGCUGGUUGAAUCGUCAUAGUGUAAACUGAGCAAUAGUGUUUGGAACCCAUUUUAUCUUUCUGCCAGUUUUAUUUUAAUGCAUAUGGAAAAUAAGAAAUUGGGAGUAAUGUAAAAUGCGCUAGCUUAUUGCCCACAUAAACAAUCAUAAAAAGUAAGCUGCUUGCUGAGGUGUGUGCGUGAGAGAGAUUGGAACUUCUCAAUGUCUAAUUUAAGUUUUAUGCUUAUGUCUAAUCUUCAUUCCCAAUUUUUGACCCAAUUUUUACUUAAGGAGCAAGUGUAGACAGAAAGCUCAUGAAGCUGCUUCACAAUUCAAUACCGACCAGAGGCUGCUCUUCUACCUCAACAUGUCCUAUUCUUUGACUACUGCAGUGUCUACCAAUCUAUUGAUCUGAGUCUUGAAUGAACUCAAUAAUUGAAUGUCCACAAACCUCCUGCAGGGUGGAUUGGGUGGUUGUGUGGUUAAACUCUUCUGAUACAGUAUCCAGGGAAACAAAUGACAUUGGAGGUUAAACUAAGUCACUUCUGCCUGUACUCAACAGUCAAAAGGGUCUGGAUUACUAGUAAACCAGGCUCUCUUAUCAUUGUAUCAUGUUCCAUUACACCAAGAAAAUGGUUGCCUUACACAGUGUCUAUUGAAAAGGCCUGUGUCUGCAGGGCUAUAGACCCAUAGUCCCUGGUUGCUAUGUGACUCCAUGCUUAUUCUGCAAAACCUAGGCAAUUAGCAUCAGUUGGCUAUUCGUCACUGGAGGCCAGCACAGUCAUGCGCCCAACAUUGCCUGAUUCCACUUUCCAGGAGGGGACACUGGAGACCAUUGUGACCAGCAUUAGUUGGCAGUGCAUCAACACAUGGUGUUGGUCAGAUAGCUCAGCCCUCAAAUCAAACCUGAACCUUGCUGGUCCUUACAGCUCAAUAUCAUGCUGAGGAACGCACAUAGGAACAACACAAGGCUGUUCAGCUCCUUGAGACUGUUCUGCCAUUCAAUCAGAUUAUGCUUCAACUCCAUUUUUGAAUUUCAUUUUUGCUCCAUACUCGUUUGUUCAAAAACAGAAAAAAGUAAAUUGAUUCAAAACCAACAUAUUGGAGUUGAUAGCAAUCAGGAGACUGAAACUGCUAGAGAUACUCAAUAGGUCAGGCAGCAUCUGAAGAGAGAGAAACAAGAGUUACAACAGAAAUGGAACAAAGGCAGAGGUGUGGCAGGUUUUCAGGAAGUGCUGAGGCAGGGAAAGGGAGGAGGGAAAAGAACAAAAGGGCCAGGGUGAUGAAAUGACAAAUGGAUGAUGGAGCAACGAAACAAAAUGGGACAAGUGAAAGCUGGAGUGUGAGCCCAAGGGAAGUGGAAGCGACAGUAUCAUUAUAAAUGGAUAUGUUUGGAAGAAGGGGACGGAGGUUAUAAUCUGAAACUGUUGAACUUAAUGUUGAUUCCAGCAGUCUGCAUUGUGCUUAAUUGAAUGAUGGGAAGCUGUUCUUCAACUUUUGUGAUUUGUUGAACACCUUGAAAGUUCCAGCGUUACGUUUUUUGCGGUUGAAGAAUUCCAGAUUUACAUAAACUUUGCAUGGAAAAAUUACACCUGAUUUCCCUUCUAAAUAACAACUCACCUUAAGGUUAUAGGUAUAUGCAGGGCUCUACUGCCAAUUGAGCUAUUCCUGAGAAUUGCAUUUAAUUGGGGCCAUUCACAACCCCAGGACAUCCCAGAGGGUUAUAUAGCCAAUGAGGUGUUUUUAAAGUGUAUUUCCUCUCUUGUUUUUUUAAUAUGGCUCUUUAAAACUAUAUCUGAUUGCCCAUUUGUCCUGAAAUAUGUUUAAGUGCUUGCUGUCAGUUGUUUUUAUUAUUAUAUUCCUGUGAAGAACUUUACUAUUGUCAAAGAUACUGUGCCAAUACAAAUUGUCUUUCUCUA